AUGAAUUAUGAAGCAUUACUAGAGGAAUUAGGAUUGGAUGGUACUCCAUAAAAAUAAACAAGCAAAUCACCAUAGAAUAAUACUAGAGCAAGUGAUAAUACUUACAUUACUAAAACACCUGAAACUUAAUAAAAAAAAAUAAAAUUAAUAUUAAAUGUAAAUUUGAGUUCAAAUCAAGUGGAAUAGUUAAUGAUUUAUUAAGAUGAAGAUCCAAAGUUGAAAGUAUCAGAAUUUUGUCAUUUGCACUAAUUAGAUAAGAAUGCAUAAAAUGUAUUAUUAAAACAGAUCAACAGUAAUACAAACAGUGAUAAUUAUCAAAGCUAAUAAAAAUUAUAAUAGCAAAAUUAUUAUUCAAGAUAAUUAUAAUCAUAUUCAACUAAAGAGUCAGAAUAACCAGGAGAGAGAUUGUAUUAAUUAGCUUAAAAGAAAAGGGAAUAAAGAGAUAAUUAAAUAAAACAGUAUUAAACAGAAAAAUAAGAAUAAGAAUAAUAAUAGUUACAAUAGACACCUAAAUUAAGUAAACAAACUAAAAUUUAUUUGGUAUGUAACUAUUAUAUUAAUUUAAGGAAUAAGCAGGUUAUCGUAAGAAUGGAUAUAUGAAAGAAAAAGGAACUUUAAAAGAUAAACAAAUUUAAUAAGUAUUUUUAGAUGAAUAAGGAAAGGAAUAUAAUUUUGUACCUUAAAUUAAUGAAUUGUAAUAAAUAAAUUAUAUAUUAUUAUUUAGAUCUAAAUAAAUGAGUCAUUAUAUAAGAGAGAAAUAACAUUAUGAAAACGUAUUUGAUGAAUUGUAUGAAUAAGCAAGAAAUAGAAUGUAUUCUUAACCAGAAUAAGAUAUUCCUGAAUGCACUUUCAAACCUUCAGUAAAUACCAAUUUUAAAAUUGAUGAUGAUUUUUUAACUAGAAUGGAAAAAAAACAAGAAGAAUUAAAAGAAAGAAGAGAAUUAAUUAAAAUGAAGUAUGAAAACGUAGACUUAAAAACUCGUCAAUUAUUAUAUCGACCUAAAAUAUGUAGAAGUCCUUAUGCUUAAACAUCAUCAGAAAAACGUAUAUGAAUAGAUUAAAUCAUAAGCCGUUCAUGAGAAGCUUUAUUUAUAGUCCAAGUUAAAGUCUGAAAAAUUACAACAAAUGUCUGAAUAAAAAGUCAUCGAAGAAAAGGAAUCCUUAAAUGUGAGAUUGAAAAAUGAAUUAUCAGAAGAUAUAGUAUUUUUAUAAAGAAAAAAGAUCCUUAAAUAAUUGUUUACUGAAAUGGAUACUAAUUAAGAUGGUUAAAUAUAAUGUUCAUAUGAAGAAAUUAAUAAUCUCACUCCUAACAUUAUUUAAACUUUAUGGCCUAUAUUCAAAUAUUUAUAGGAAUAAAAAAGAAUAUUAGAUUUUGAUGACUUUUUUUAAAGUGUUUAUGAAUAUUGUAUCAAUCUACCUUAAAUCCAAAAGGAUGUCAUUUUCAAAAAAUCUAAAAAUAACUAUCUUACUAUGAAAGAUUAAGAUUAUACCUUUACUCCUAAAACUAAUAAAAAGUCAAAGUCAAUGAAUACAGUGCAUUAUCCUAGUUGUAAAUGUGAAAUUUGCACACAAAUUGCUAUUAUAUAAAGACAAUUAAAUGAUAAAUGA